UACAAUUAUCUUUCAGCAUACAUUGCUUCGAAGAAAACAAGAAGUCUAGCACUUUUGUCGUUUUUACUUGGAAUUUUUAUGUGGAUUGUGUUUUUAACACUGUGGAAAAUAAAAUUCACCAAUCCUAAGUGAACAAAACUACUUCUGUAGCCGAAUUUACAUUUCAGUGUUGUAAAAGACUUGCAAUUUAAAGCAAGAUUGGAGGAUUUCUUCUAUUAAACUUUUUAUCCCAAGGAACAAUACUAUUGUGUUAUAAAGAACUUCCUUUAUGAUGCUCACGUGAAAACAAUAAAGGCUCUGUAUUAUAAUAAAAGUAAAAGGGACGUGUGUACAGACAGAUAUAAAUUUAUGUUUCCGAUUUUUCCAAGUUAUGCAAACAUUAUCGUCCAUUAUGCAAUUUGGAUUCGGCGGGUAUCAGAAUUAUGAUGCGAUUCAGAGUGAUAGAGAAACUAAAAGCCUUAAAAAGAAAGAACCAGAGACAGGACUGGCUGAUCAGUUUGGCUACAUCCUGACUUCUCCCAAAGAUUACAAAGCGGAGGCUGUAUUUGCCACCAUCUUUUGCUGCUUCCCAAUAGGACUGGUGGCUCUAUUUUAUUCCAUGAGGGUAAAACAUCAUUACAAGAACAACAGGCUGAUAGCUGCGUAUUCCUCGUCUAAGGUUGCGCAGGUGCUCAGUAUAGUCGCUACAUUGAUCGGACUGCUAUUGUGGCUUGGUGGUAUUAUUGCUAUUGUGGCAUUAAAAUAAUUUUAGUGUCUAGAUUAAAUUCAUCUAAUAUGUAUUGAAAAAGAACAAAUAUGACUUUAAAUUUAAAUAUUUAUGUAUCUGUGAUUGAAAAAUGACAGAUUGUAUGAAACUUCAUAUACAUGUAAUGUAUAACAAUUAUAUUCUGUAUUACGUAUUGAGCAAAGUCAUAAUAGUGUAAAGUUCAUGGGAAAUAAACAUGCAUUAUGUGUUAACUUA